GACGUGCCAUGCCCACGGCGCCAUCACACAUCCCUGGAGGGCGCCGGGGACGCGUCUCCGCGUGGCCACAGCACCCGCAAUUCCAUCACACAUUCCCGGGAAUGUCCCAUCCUGGCAGUCCCACCUCCUGCAGCCUCCGCGAGUCCCUCACACGAAUCCACGGCAUCAGGGGCCGCUUCCAUGUUCCUCUCUCCCCGCAGUCGACAUCCGGGAGAUCAAGGAGAUCCGCCUGGGCAAGAAUUCCCGGGAUUUCGAGCGCUACCCCGAGGACGCUCGGAAGUUGGACUUCACCAUGUGCUUCAUCAUCCUCUACGGGAUGGACUUCCGGCUGCGGACUCUCAGCGUGGCCGCUUUCUGUGAGGAGGACAUCAACCUCUGGAUAACGGGGCUCAACUGGCUGGUGGCUGAUACCCAGAGGGCCCAGACCCCGCUGCAGAUCGAGAGGUGGCUCCGGAAGCAGUUUGACGGGAUGGACCGGGCGCGGGAAGGCAGCAUCACCGUGAAGGACCUGAAGGCGAUGCUGCCCCAGGUGAACUACCGCGUUCCCAACAUGAGAUUCCUGCGGGAUAAACUCGUGGAAGUGGAAGCCAGGAAUGAAAUGACCUUCUCCCACUUCAUCCAGUUCUACAAAAACCUGAUGUUUGACGCCCAGAAGUCGGUCAUCGAGCAGCUGGAGCUCUCCUUCCCUCUGAGGAACGUGGACCGCCCCGAGCUGUGCCAGGUCUCCCUCUACGACUUCCAGAAGUUCCUGCUGCACGACCAGAAGGAAUCCUGGGCCAGCGACGUGGGCAUGGUGCGGGAAUACAUGUGCACCUACCUCCGGGAGAGCUCCGGCGAGGCGUCGGAUCCCUCCUUCCAGCUGGAUGAGUUCCUCACGUACCUCUUCUCCAAGGAAAACAUGGUGAUGGACGCCAAGUACGAGCGCGUGGUGCCCGAGGAGAUGAACCACCCCCUGUCCCAGUACUGGAUCUCCUCCUCCCACAACACCACUUCCCAGGAAUGCUGGAAUUCCACCCCAGCACCUCACAGGGAUGCUGGAAUUCCACCCCAGCACCUUCUAGGGAUGCUGGAACCACCCUCAAGACCUCCUGUCACAUCCCUGACCACUUCCUGCUCCCAUCCCACGGCACUGGAGCGGGGGGUCUUCCGUGUCCUUUGGGGGAUCCCAGCCCUGCUCCCCAGUGCUGGGGUGUUAACCCGGGUGUCUUCCCACCCAGUGGACUGCUGGGACGGCCCGGAUGAUCUCCCCAUCAUCUACCACGGCCACACGCUCACCUCCAAGAUCAAGUUCCUGGACGUGCUGCACACCAUCAAGGAACAUGCCUUCGUCACCUCUGAGUUCCCCAUCAUCCUGUCCAUCGAGGACCACUGCAGCAUCGUCCAGCAGCGGAACAUGGCCUCCCACUUCAAGAAGGUCUUCGGGGACAUGCUCCUCACCAAGCCCGUGGACAUCAACGCCGACGAGCUGCCCUCGCCCACCCAGCUCAAGAAGAAGAUCCUGAUCAAGCACAAGAAGCUGGUCGAAGGGAACCUGUACGAGGAGGUCUCCACCGCCAGCUACUCGGAGAACGACAUCAGCAACUCCAUCAAGAACGGGAUCCUCUACCUCGAAGACCCCAUUGACCAUACCUGGAGCCCUCAUUAUUUCGUCCUGACGAGCAACAAGAUCUACUACUCGGAGGAGACCUCCCGCUACCAGUUCAACGAGGACGAGGAGGAGGUGGAGCAGAAGGAGGAGUUCAACAACAACGAGCUGCACUUCACGGAGAAGUGGUUCCACGGGAAGCUGGGCGGGGGCCGGGACGGGCGGCAGAUCGCGGAGAAGCUGCUGCACGAGUAUUGCACCGAGACGGGCGGCAAGGACGGCACCUUCCUGGUGCGCGAGAGCGAGACCUUCGUGGGCGACUACACCCUCUCCUUCUGGAGGUCCAGCCGGGUGCAGCACUGCCGGAUCCACUCGCGGCAGGAGGCCGGGGCCACCAAGUUCUACCUGACGGACAACCUGGUCUUCGACAGCCUCUACAGCCUCAUCUGCCACUACCGGGAGGUGCCGCUGCGCUGCAACGAGUUCGAGAUGCGCCUCACCGACCCCGUCCCGCAGCCCAACGCCCACGAGAGCAAAGAGUGGUACCACGCCAGCCUGACGCGCCUGCAGGCCGAGCACAUGCUGAUGCGGGUGCCGCGCGACGGAGCCUUCCUGGUGCGCAAGCGCGGCGAGCCCAACUCCUACGCCAUCUCCUUCCGGGCGGAGGGGAAGAUCAAGCACUGCCGGAUCCAGCAGGAGGGGAGGCUCUUCAUGCUGGGCAGCUCGGCCGAGUUCGAGAGCCUGGUGGACCUCAUCAGCUACUACGAGAAGCACCCGCUGUACCGCAAGAUGAAGCUGCGCUACCCCAUCAACGAGGAGACCCUGGAGAAGAUGGGCACCACCGAGCUGGACUAUGGAGCCCUGUACGAGGUGCGGACCCCCCACUUCUACGUGGAGGCCAACAAGAUGCCCAUGGCCAGGUGCACGGUGAAGGCCCUCUACGACUACAAGGCGCAGCGGGAGGACGAGCUGUCGUUCUGCAAGCAGGCCAUCAUCCACAACGUCGACAAGCAGGACGGCGGCUGGUGGCGCGGGGACUACGGGGGCAAGAAGCAGCUCUGGUUCCCGGCCAACUACGUGGAGGAGAUCGUGGGCACCCAAGCGCCCGAGCAGGACGAGGCCGUGAGUGCCACCACCCCCAUCGGGGACACCGGAGACGGGCACUGGAAGAACCCUCAUCCCGUUUUCCCCGUGCAGAUGCAGGAGGGCAAGAUCAUGGAGCGGCGGAAGAAGAUCGCGCUGGAGCUCUCGGAGCUGGUCGUCUACUGCCGCCCGGUGCCGUUCGACGAGGACAAGAUCGGCACGGACAAGGCGUGUUACCGGGACAUGUCGUCCUUCCCGGAGACCAAGGCGGAGAAAUACGCCAACCGCAGCAAGGGCAAGAAAUUCCUGCAGUACAACCGGCGCCAGCUGAGCCGGAUCUAUCCCAAGGGACAGCGCCUGGAUUCCUCCAACUACGACCCGCUGCCCAUGUGGAUCUGCGGGAGCCAACUCGUGGCCCUCAACUUCCAGACGCCCGACAAACCGAUGCAGCUGAACCAGGCGCUCUUCAUGCUCGGGGGCCGCAGCGGGUACGUCCUGCAGCCCGACAUCAUGAGGGACGAGACCUUCGACCCCUUCGACAAGAACAGCCUGAAGAUCGUGGAGCCCAUCACGGUUCAACUGCAGAUCCUGGGCGCCCGACACCUGCCCAAGAACGGGAGGAGCAUCGUGUGCCCCUUCGUGGAGGUGGAGGUUUGCGGCUCCGAGUACGACAACAGCAAGAACAAGACGGAUGUCGUAGCCGACAACGGCUUCAACCCCGUGUGGCUCUUCAAGCAGUUUGUCUUUGACAUCAACAACCCGGAGUUCGCCUUCCUGCGCUUCGUGGUGUACGAGGAGGACAUGUUCAGUGACCCCAACUUCUUGGCACAGGCCACCUUCCCUGUCAAGGGCCUCAAAACAGGCUACCGGUCGGUGCCAUUGAAGAACAGCUACACCGAGGACCUGGAACUCGCCUCCCUCCUCAUCCACAUCGAGAUCAUCAACGCCAAGGAGGAAGACGAGGAGAACCUCUACUCGUCCAUCCAGCAGCUGCGGGACCGCGCCAGCGAGCUCUCCAGCCAGGUCUCCAGCUACGAGCGCACCAACGGCUGCGACUCCCGCUACCAGCAGCGCCUGGACGAGCUCCGGGCGGCCCAGGAGCGGCUCAUGGAGCUCACCGAGGUCCGCAACCGCAAGUUGAUGGAGAAGAAGAAGAGGGACCGGCAGAUGGUCACCAAGCGCAGCUGAACGGGAGGGACGCGAGCGUGGGAGCUCCCCGGCCACCUCCUCUCCUGCCGCACGGGGGGAUGGGGUGGCCACAGCUGGUCCCCUGCCCGUGGCCGGGACUGGGUGACCUCCAGCUUUCAUCCCACGUCCCCUGGGGCUCGUGGCCACGUCCCUGUCCCCAUGGGGUGGCCGCCGUGGCUCCUCUUCCCCCUCCAUCCUCCAACGGGGAAACUGAGGCACGGGGGCCCAGUCGGGCCGGGAUGGGGCAGGACCGGCCACCUCCAUCCUGGGGACGGGUGACAGGAUGGGCUGGCAGUGAAACCCCAGGGUGGGGACACAGGGGACACUCUGGGGGGGGUCAGGGGGGCGUUUUGUCCCCCCCCUAUAAAUAUCUGUAUUUUCUUCUUUUAUCCAGCCUGUACAUACGGCGGGGGGGGAGGGGUGUCUGGACCAGCCACAGUAUUAGGGCACAAGGGGGGGGACCCCAAAAUGUCCGGAGAUGUCCCAGCAAGAGAGCAGGGGACGAGUCUGGGGGUGUCCCACAGGGUGGGGUGGCGGUGACAAGGUGCCCUGAGGCAGAUACGGGCACCGCGGUGGCCCUGGAGGGGACAGGGAUGGCACCGAGGAGACCCACUGUUGUCACCAAACCCUGGGAAUGGGGACAGAUCCCUGCCAGUGAAGCCCAUGGAGGUGGUGGCCGGCCCGGCGGUGGCUGGGGACAUCUUGGGGUGUCCCCCAGGGUCGGGGUGUCCCGGGGGGGGACCUGUGUAUUCUUUGUAUGAAAAUAAAUCUAUUUAGCCAAUAUUUAUA